AUGGUCGGGCACAAGAACCCCUUCAGGAAUGGGCAGGGCACAGGCGGUCUCCUACGUAGGGCUAGAUCAGCCGAAGACCCCUUCAUAUCGCCACACCAGGCCAACCACGAUGACCUGCCAACGCAGGCAGAAACCCCGGGCGAAGUUGCUGCCCACCCUACAGCUGAUGACGGGUCUACUCCUGACGGUGGCGAAAGCAUUGCAAAAAUUGAUGAGGACAACGUUGGGUUGUUUGCUGGCGACGAUCAAGCAGCGGGAGGGCAGGCAGGCGAUGAGGGUGCUACCGACGACGGCAUCGACAACGAGGAGUUGGAACUUCCGGGGGACCUACCUCAGCAGAUGCCCCGAAGAGUCAGCUUUGCAGACGAGCAAGACCCAGGCCUCCUGACCGACGGCAGGAACAGCAACGGGCAACGCAGCGGUCGACACUGGGAGGGAUGGGGAGCUCAGCGGCGCCGAAUGUCCAGCCUCAUUGGCACCAGCAACGGCUACUUGGAGAGCGACGGCAGCAUCAACGGCCAACUGUUUGACAUGAACGCGAGGCGGAAGAGCGAUCUUGAGCGCUGCCAGCGAGCGAUAGAGAUCGCGAGGGCCGCCCACAAGCUCCUAUUUACUGACACCCGUCCGGACGGGCUUCGCCCCAUCACGGGCACCCCGAUGGCUGACGGCAGAGACAUACAAGGAAUGGGAGGGUUGUAUGUCGGCCUCGCUGGACUCAAGGGCUUCGAUUUGUCGUUUGUCGGCGCGAUUUCCACGAGCGAGAGUGGAUGCCGACGAAACUUGGGCUCGGCAUCAUCACGCCUCAUGGUGAACAGACGUCUUUCGGGUUCUGCAGCUGUCGUCACCGCCGCUGAUAACACCGAAGACGCUUCGGUGGUGGAGAAGAAUCGUUGUUCAUCUCCUAACGUCGUCCCAGGGGCAUCAGUGGGUGCCUCUUGGAUUCCGAAGGGGGGGCUGCUGGAUCGACAGCCGGGGUCUUUGAUGGCCAGGCCACCCGCCUCUCCGGACGCCGCCCCUUCUCCCGAGGCAGCUCACUACUCACCAGCAAGAGGAAGCAGUCCAAGCACCAUGGCCGACGUGCAACACAGCAGCGCGCGCCUGAGGUCAAGCGGCGGCGUCACUGGCGACCCGAAAGCCACAACGAACGGUAGCGGCUGCUCUCCCAAUGCAGCCUCUUCUUCUGCCGAUCAGCAAGGGUCGCCGCCAGCGAAGAAAAGAGCCAGUGCUCCAGGGCGUGGGUCAUCCAACGCGGCAGGUUUAUUACCAGCGGACAUGCUCGACAUCCGAAGCAUCGGGUCGGGGAGUGACAAAUCUGACGAGUUAAGGCGAAAACAAUAUGAAGUGGAGAACGAGAAACUGGGCGUGAAUCGACGACUUGGUGCGAAGGGUGAGACAAGCGAGGCCACGAAAAGGAAAGACUCGAAAAGUGAGAAUGAUUGGCAAUCAGAGGCUGGUAUCCAGGAAGCCCCGCCGAGUACAGCGCUUGUGUUGAACGCAGCAAACGCGAUGACGUCGUUGUUUGCCCCGAAGGCAGCCGUGCUCUGGUCUGCGAAAGACUUGGGCGUGGAGAAGCUCGUGGUUUCCGCCGCCGGCGACCAGCAGGUGCUUCGACGUCCCACGAGCCGCAACUACACUUCACGGGCGCUCCUCACGGCGUACAAACAGACUGGGCCCGUUUUCGAGGUGGAAGCCUCGAGUUGGCGUAAGCGCGAGGGAGCGGUGGCCGGUGUCGACUACCCUCUACAGCCCCCCGCCGGCUGGGGGGGGGGGGAGUGGAGAGCUUUCGAGCGGCGACUGGUUUCUCCCGCCGAGGCAAAGGCUUUCCGCGAAGUUGUGAUAUCGCGGCGUGCAAACAACCGGGCCCGGGGCUCCGGUGGAGACAGGGGGCAGGGAUUUCCGUUGGGUUCCCCGCCAUUUUCUUCAGACUGCAGCGAAUCGACGUCAAGAGGGGGGGCGUUCGAGGACAGCGGCUCGUUCAUGAGCUCGAUCGCCGACACGAGUUCAGAGGGGUCGUACUUUUUCCCUGAAGAACUCCGUUCAAAGGGCUGGCGUAAGAUGCCAAGGGGGGGCUCUGCCAACGCCCCCAAAACGUGGUCGAAAGGAGUCGAACAAUACAGGCAGCAGAAUCAGAUCACCUCCGGAAGGCUGGUGGCCCGCCUCGGCAACGGCCAGGAUACCAAAAGCGUCCGGUCGGCAUCCACAUCGUCCACGGAAGGGACCAUCACGCCGACGACCGCGCCUGAGCUCCGUCUGAUCCAGCAGGACAACGACCGCCACCUUCUCCAUGCCUUGGGGGGAAUCCGCUCCGGCGGGGAAUCACAGCCAUCCGUUCUGAGCUACGUGUUGGCCCCGCCGAAAGAAAGCCCAUUCGCUACUUCUUCCGGCCUAGGCUUGAAUUCGGGUCCGGCCGUAACCGCCGAGAGCGCCUUCCGCUUGAGCUGUGAAGCUGACGCUGAUGACGUGUUGAGGGCGAUGGUGCGACUAAGCAUCGCAUCUACGCCAACUGGAGCUGGAAGCCUCGAUGCUUCAAGGCAGAGCCCGCAAGGCUUCCACAGUGGCGAUGCCUCGGCCAGGGUAGGGGUGGACGAACGUGCGGCGCGUAGACGUCGGGGUAACGGAGCAGAAGCACCACAAGUACCAACCAGAUACUUGUUGCCCGCAGAAGGAGGCAGCAGGGGUAUCUGCAGAGGGAGCACCCCAGGCAUCAAGAGCGGACACCUUGGCAACAGGAAAACCCCCUACGUUAACGAGACCGCGUGUCCCCCCGACGAAAAGGACAACUUUCUCGACAUUGAGGGACGGAUGUUGCGGUCCGGAGGAGGCGCACGGGGCGCCGGGCACCUGUCGCAAUGGCGAAACGAACGGCUGGCCGCUACACCCGACACAAGACGCAGCACCACGAGAGAGUUUUCGGGAAGGAGUACAGUUCCACAACACGGGCGGCGGCCGAACCAUCGGGGCACGGUAUCGGCUGCAGCCGCCGGCCGGGCGCAGCUUGUGUUGUCUGAGAGCCAGAGCGCACCACCAGCGACCUCUCAGAAUAGGUCGUCACCGUCAGCGUUGUUUCAGGAUGAUGGCGGGCGCCGUGGCGGCAGGGGCAACGGAGGCGGCGGACCCGGCGGAAUGGCCGCUCUUGAGUCAGCCUUGAGGGCCCUAUCGGCCACCGCCUCGUCGACUAGCGGAGCGUCGCUGCAGCUCUCCUCUUAUUCGGCGAUUUUUGAUCGUAAGUCUGCUGUACGUGAUGCUGGUGGCAGCACGAGCGGCGAUCGUUGGCGAGGCUCUUGUUCACAGUCGCGUGAGCCAAUCGUCGGUGUGAGUUAUCGCGACUCAAAGCAGGAGAAAUCUUCCGUGGACGGCACCGAUGGCACUAUACAUUUUGGCGUUGGACAGAACGAAGGGGGCGUCGGCGCGAAGGCAAAAAGCGAAGGAGCACUCGACGAUGGCUCCGGUACAUUCAUCGGACCAACAGACCCAGAAGCUUCGGUGACGCAGAGUUCCUGCCUAACCUUCGGCGAAGGUGGUGGUGGUGGUGGGUCUGUGGCAUGCGAUGACGACCGCGGCUAUUGCGACGAGAGUGACGACAAGACGACCGGCGACCAGAUGUCGAUGAUCAUAGCAAGGGUCACCAGGGACGCAGCGGCGUCCGUUUUGUCUGCGGAGGGAAUAAUCACGACAGGGGCUUCUCUGGUGACGGAAGAAGCCGAACGACUACUUUCACCAGCAGUUGCACAGAAAGGGGCUGGCACUGCCGCCGCCGCUGCUGCUGCCGAGGAAUCCUCACGGUUAUCACCAGCGGCGACAGAGAGUGAGCGCCUGAAUCAAGAACCACCUAGGGGCGAUACCAUGAAGGUGGGAAAGGGACCAGUCAACAAGGGGCCAAAGGGCACAGGCAAAACCACCAUGACCGGUAUACACGCCAAAUCAUACGAGAGGAAGACGAAGCCAGCCUCCAAGCGUCACGCUUCUAGGCCAGAAGUCGAGGGAAGGAGUGGUCGCGGUGGGGUUAGGGGCGACAAGAGCGCUGCUGCUUCCGUCGGGUCUUCGUCGGCCACAGCGAAGCUAACGCCCGAGCAGGAAGCUCCGAAAGGCAGCACAUUAAGCUUCCGUCUUAGCGAGGAAAAAGGUCCUGCCUCGGCAAGAGGCAACGCUGGCGAGGAGAUGCUUGCCUCGGGUGUCACCGAUAAUGCCGUCACCGCAGGGCCUCCGCUGGACAGGAGUCAGGGUAGAGGUGGAGGUCCGGAGGAAGCCAGUCCCGCAGACAGCAACUCCCUAGCAGAGGCUGAGGUUGCGAACGAGAAAGAGACUGGGAUUGUUCGAGAGGCCCAGACAACAAAGUCUCCCUUGUGCCAGGUGGACACGUCCGAUAAGCCUUCACGAGGCCAGACGACGAUCGAGACAAAAGGGGACUCGUGCAGCAACGCAAGGCGCUCGAAGAGAGGCCAGGAUAGCUCCCGUGGAAACAGAAGCACCAACACCGGACGGGCCGCAUCAAGCGGAGGCGGUAGCCCAAGCAGCCAGGGGAGUAGCGUCGUAAGCCGCGGCACUACUCGCAGCGGAAGCCAUGCCAGAGGCACAGAGGCGAUGGGGAGCACGGGGAGCCGAAGAAGUAGCAGGAACGCCAGCGGCCCGACCUCUCGGAAAGACCUUCGGAAGGGGGGAACAACAGAUGCUGCCGGUAGCACGAAAGUAUCCCUUCCUGCCCUGGCCAAAUCAGAGGCGACGAAGACCGUCAAGGAUGGUGUGCAACAGCAACAGCAGCAAGACGGCUCUGUUGCCGAGAGAGUUCAGGUCGGCAGAGGUACGGAGGGUUCAGAAACUGCCGACGUUCACAAGCAACUUCCGCGCAUUAGCAGCGGCGCUACCGCUAGCGGCGGGCGCUUCAAGACCGCAAGUGCUGCGGCGGGAAAGAUUCCUCACAAGGCAAUAACGGUGCACAAGAGACCUACGAGGGUGGAGAAUGAAGACCUGUUCACAACGACGGAAGCGUUGACGACGCACCACCUCACGGUAGAGGAGCUCUUAAAGGGCGGCUAUGAUGAGCUCCUGGACGAUAGCGACGGCGACGAGGAAGCCGCCAGCUAUCGGGUUCGAACGCCAAAGGUACCAUGA